AUUAAGUUUUAAGCUCUGGGAAAUUAGUAGUCAGGAACACUCCUAUUUGACCAUUUUAAAGGAUAUGUUUGUAUUUUCUUAAGUAUAUUUCAAAACAUGCUGACAUGCUAAUACGUUUAGGGAGUUAUUAUUCACGGUCAUCAAUCCUCUGGUCCAUAUGGGGGGACAGUGAUGAAGGGAUUUCUACACAGCCGACAUGAAGAGUAAGAAGAGUCUGCAGACACCAGAAACUCUUUCAGUUUUUGGACACUGAAGAUAAAGUUAAGAGCUAAAACUCAAAGCGUGUGCGUUCCUGCUCACUUUGAUUUUGUCAGGGCGUUAGAAUCACAGUGCAAGAAUUAACAAGUGCAUAUAAAAGUGAGACUGCAUCCGAUGUGUGUGUGUGUGUGUGUGUGUGUGUCCUUUGUACCCUUUAAUCUCUCAGUGCAGGUCUGUCUGCCACAUUCCAGAGAUUGGACAUGUGACCUCAGGCCACAUGGGUUGUUUCUCCAGCACUGUUUUAAACUGCUGUCUGGCAGCUCCUUUUCUAAAGGCUGGAUUUAUAGACACUAAGACCUGCAUCUCCACAACAAACUGAGCUAAAGAUAACAGAUGGUGCUCUCGAACAAUUUCCUGUUGUCAGAGAAGCUGUGGAGUUCCUGAAACGGUAACGCCAGGCAGCAAGGCUGCUCAGGGUGACCUGUGUCCAGGCGACACCAUCCUGGCUAUCAAUGGCGACAGCACAGAGCUCAUGACGCACAUGGAGGCUCAGAACAGGAUCAAAACCUGCACUCAGCAGCUCACGCUCAACAUCAGCAGGUCGGGAUCAGGAGACAGAGUGUGGUCGCCAACAGUUAGUGAAGAUGGCAAGACAAGCCCUUACAUGGAGCCUGACUCACAGAAUUUCCGUCCUAUCAGCAGUGGAUACAGCGGUUACAGCCGUAAACCUUCAUACACCCCUGAACCCCAGUCCCCGCAGGCCCCCCAACCAGCUCACUUGAAUAAUGGACACUCCAGACCGAACAACGGCCACAGCUACGGGUAUGGAAAUGGAACCGGGCACGCUCAGUACAACAACCCGGCAGGACUUUACGCUCACAAUGGCAGCAAUGGGGACAGAUCUCUGCCAAGCAAGAUGGGAGGCCUUACCAUCAGCGCCACACAUAGCCCGGAGCCUCCCAUCCACUCCCCUGUGAGCCGUAAUGGUUUCGACACGCAGUCAGACGUCUACAAGAUGCUGCAGGACUACGAGGAGCCCGCCUCUGUACCCAAACAGUCCGGCUCCUUCAAAUACCUCCAGGAAAUCCUCGAGGCCGAGGAUGGAGGCGUGUCCCCAACAGAGAGGAUGAGAAACUUAAAGUCGCCGGUCAGGUCUCCGAUACCCAAACUGGGAAGCCCCAUCCCCAGCCCCAUGCCUGGUCUCCAGAAGCUGCCCCAGUGCACACGCUGCUGUAAUGGCAUAGUUGGCACCAUUGUGAAGGCCAGGGACAAGCUUUACCACCCCGAGUGCUUCAUAUGUGAUGACUGCGGCAUCAACCUGAAACAGAAAGGCUACUUCUUCAUCGAGGACAAUCUGUACUGUGAGACCCACGCCAAGGCACGCGUCCAGCCCCCAGAAGGCUACGACGUUGUUGCCGUUUACCCCAACUCCAAAGUGGAGAUAGUCUGAGAAGAAGCUGCCACUGGCUAUACUGUAGUAUGACUGGGAAACUAAAGUCUGGGAGAAUGGGGCUACUGAGUAUCAUAUCCUACAUUUAUCAGGUUUCUGUCAAGCAGGAAUGCCAAUCUUGGAUCAGUUUUGCUUUUGGGAGAGUCCUUCAAAAUGUGUUUCGGUGAUCCAAGAUCAGCAUUUCUUUGCUGACAGACUUGAUAAAUGCUAUGUAUAUUGAGAAUAUUGAAAUAUGCUGACAGAACAAGGCUUGGAUCUGAUGAGUGUCCUAAAACCCGAAGCCUUUAAAAAGCUGACGUUGUAGGGUAUGUCCCCAGCCUGACAGCCCUCAUCCUUCAAUCAGUAUGAAUUCGAUCCAAGAAAAAUGUUGCACCAGCUAAGGACAUGUCCUCAUAUCCACAUCACAAGCACAGCAUAUUACCAGAAUAUUCCGUGCAAAGAAGCAAGACAUGCACAAAUUGCAACAAACACCAGCGUACUCCAGAUAUCUGCUUUUCUAACAAUCAGCACAUGAAUUUAUCACCAGCAUAAUAAUCAGUGUCUCACAACAACCCACACUCAAGCCUUAAAAUAGUUUUAAAACACUAGUACAUGCCUGUUUGGUGGAUUAUCUCAAGAGAAUUUAAGCUGCGUUUGCUGUGAUGAGGAGUUGGUGGUUUUUCUGCCUUUGGACUAAUUUUGCGUUUAGCCAUUAUAACAACAGCACUACAAAAUGUCAGUCUGUGUUUUGCAAAGGCAUUUAAGGUAUAACAAUAUUUUGUUUAAGCUUUGGUUAAAGGGGUUUAAAGGUUUCGUUGUCUUUUUAACUAUUUUACAGUUACACAUUUAUACUCCUGUUGUGGAUGGACUUCUUCAUUUUCUAAUUUACAUCUAUACAGUUCAUUCCUUUUCAGAUUGUUUAUGUUACAAAACUGGAGAGCAUCCCUGUUUUGGAUGCUCCUCUUUUCCUGCUCACUUUUCAGCUACGUGAUACAAGCAAUAACUCAUUAUUAGCAGAUCUCUUGUUGUGAGCAUCUGGAAUGUGCUUUGGUGAAUGGCUUUACCGAACUCUAACCUGUAGCAAAUGUCUCCAUAUGCGGCUAUCCGAGCACCACCUUCUGAAAUGUAAACACAACCCUGCUGGAGACACUCUCAAAGUUCUGCGAGGAACCACAGGAGCUGGUGAGAAUCAAUUUAAAGAAUUUCUCCCAGAUGUGAUCACGGCAACCACAAUUUUUAAGCAACAAAUUGCAAGAGAUGAGACUUUAAUGGCGAAGCGACUUAGCACUGCGUGCAUGCAGUCGUGACAUUUUGAACGGGCGUCAUACACAUUUGCAAAAGAUUGUAAGUGAAGUGCUCUCAAGCACCUGACCGAGAGAGGAAUUUCUGCUCUUACUCAUGUUCACACCAAAGAAUUCCAGUUCAUAAAAACAAGAGCCCAGAGUUCAUUGGGUCUGUUUAUUAGAAACACUUCAUUUUGACACCGGCAUGCUCUCAUGACAACUUUUAAAAAUGGUCAUGUGCAUUUGAGACUGGAGACAUGGACCACAAAAAACUGUUAGAGACUCGUAAACUGGGACUCUACAGCUUACAACAUGUGGGAGUAAUAUUCGCUUUGUUUAGUUUUUUGGACCCACAACACAGAUAUAUUACGGUUCCUCUUUGGAAAAGACAGAAGUUGGAAGUAAGCAAAGUUUCAUUCCCUUCCUACUAUGAACUCAAAUUGCUGGUCACAGCCAAGUUCGAAUCAAAGGGAAUGAAAUAUACUUCUAGGUUUCCUCCGAGAGAGGAGGAACAGAAAGGGAGGGAGUAAGGAAGAAGUGAGAAGGAGAAAUGAGAGGACAGCAUGUAUUUUCUCUCUUUUUUUUUUUGGGACAGAAAUUCUUACUGCAAGAAGAGAGAAAAUGUGUCAUCAUGACUGCAAUUCGUGGACCUCGGUGUUGGCUCAUUGUGAAAAGUGAAAUAAACACUUAAUUUUAGAAUAGUUCCUAAAAACAAACUACUUUUUUAAAUUUGAAAUGAGAAUAAGAAAAUUAAUUUUCUUAGACAGUUUUUCUAGAUAUCAACAGUGAUGUGUAGCUGCUGAUAGGCCAUCUAUACUAGUUAUCUUGUAAAUUAUGUGAAAAUUCUGUUGUUACCACAUUGUUCCUUUGGUAUUGUACAUAUUUGUUUUAUUGUGAUUCAGCAUACGGUGUAUAACAAGUCACUCGCGUGCCUUUUGCAUUUUCAUUGUCUUUAAAUGAUUUCUUUGACAUAAAUCCUCUUCUUGUGUUUAACUUAUUGUUCUACCAACACAUCUUUUUUUUUUUGGCUCUGGAGCUUCUUAUUUCCUUUUUUUCCAAGGAUCUAAAUAAAAUGAGAAGUGCAUUACCAUGA